AUGAGGAGGUCCCUGGAUCCAAUAAGGAACGACCGACCUGCCAGUGUCCUUGGUAAUACGGAGCGAACGAUUUACGAGGCCCUCUGCAGGAACGAAGUGCCCGUGAGCCCAAAGGAGAUCUCAAAGCUCUACUGUUACUACAAGCGGGACAGGCCAUUUUUGGUGUACGCACCGAUCAAAGUCGAAAUCAAGCGAUUCAACCCGUUGGCGGUACUCUUCAAAGACGUGGUAAGCGAUGAUGAAAUUGAGAAGAUCCAGGAACUGGCCAAGCCAAAGCUGGCCCGUGCCACUGUUCACGAUGCUGCAACGGGCACCCUCGUUACCGCUACCUACAGAAUCAGUAAGAGUGCAUGGUUGAAAGGAUGGGAAGAUGAAGUCGUGGAUCGAGUAAACAAGCGUAUCGAUAUGAUGACCAACCUCGAAAUGGAGACCGCUGAAGAACUUCAGAUUGCCAACUACGGUAUCGGUGGUCAUUAUGAUCCUCACUUUGAUCACGCAAGAAAGGAAGAGACCAAGUCGUUCGACUCAUUGGGCACUGGUAACAGAAUCGCAACUGUGCUGUUCUAUAUGUCACAGCCUGUUCAUGGUGGUGGUACGGUCUUCACUGAUGUCAAAUCGACCGUGAUGCCAACAAAGAAUGAUGCACUGUUCUGGUACAACCUUUACAAACACGGAGAUGGUGAUUCAAGGACACGCCAUGCAGCUUGCCCAGUUCUUGUCGGAGUGAAAUGGGUCUCAAACAAAUGGAUUCACGAGCGAGGGAACGAGUUCCGUCGUCGAUGCGGCAUAAAAAUGUCGGACUACGAACGAUUCGUCGGAGAUCUUGGUUUCGGUCCAGAGCCAAGAGUUGCUCCGAAUCUCAGUCCGAUCCUAUCUAAGGACAUAUUCAACACUAUCUAA